UCCCGCCGGAAGUGAGGUCGGAGACCCGUGGCUGCGCAGCUUCGGCCGGGAGCGCGGGCUGCGGGGAGGCGGGCCGGGCGAGGCGGCGGUGGCGACAGACACUCGGCGGCUCAGCCCCCGCGUCGGAGCAGGCCUCCGCAGCGCUCGCUCCUCGCGCGGCUCCAGCGCCCAAGCCAUCCCAGGCCGGCGUGCGCUGGCCGUCGAGGCCCAGGCCGCCGCCGCGGCGCGCUCCGAGAGCCAUGAACCCUGUCUACAGCCCUGGCUCCUCGGGGGUGCCCUACGCAAACGCUAAAGGGGUCGGCUACCCAGCUGGCUUCCCCGUGGGCUACGCGGCGGCGGCUCCCGCCUACUCCCCCAGCAUGUACCCCGGAGCGAGCCCGGCCUUCCAGACAGGCUACACGCCCGGCACCCCGUACAAAGUGUCCUGCUCGCCCACCGGCGGGGCCGUGCCGCCCUACUCCUCCUCCCCCAACCCCUACCAGGCCGCCGUCUACCCCGUGCGCAGCGCCUACCCCCAGCAGAGCCCCUACGCACAGCAGGGCGCCUUCUACACGCAGCCGCUGUACGCGGCGCCCCCGCACGUCAUCCACCACACCACGGUGGUGCAACCCAACGGCCUGCCGGCGACUGUCUACCCCGCGCCCGUACCCCCUCCGCGAGGCAGCGGGGUCGCCAUGGGCAUGGUGGCCGGGACCACGAUGGCCAUGUCAGCAGGCACCCUGCUGACGGCCCACUCGCCAACCCCCGUCGCCCCCCACCCAGUCACCGUGCCCACGUACCGGGGCCCAGGGACGCCCACCUACAGCUACGUGCCCCCUCAGUGGUGAUCACCGCAAACGUGGAGGACGGAGCUGGCGUCGCGUCUCGGAUGUUCUCAGCUGGUGCUGCGGGCCUCGGCCUCCAACCAGGACUCUCCUCCUGUUCCCGACACUCGGCUGAACGCGCCCGGCCGGCCCUGCGGCCUCGGCGCUCUCAGCCGCCAGCUAACUGUGGGUGGGUCUUAAAGCAAAUCCUGUUUGGGGGCUGCCUGGCGAUUUUUUUAGCUAACUGUAACGAUAAAAAGGGAGUAUUAAUGUAUUCUGAAAUCAUAUCUAGUUGAAUGCAUGUUUAAAACACACACACAAAGCUUGCUCAAACUACCUGCAGUGACUGAUGCAAAACCAUCGUGUGCAGAGCCCGGAGGGACGGAGCUGUGUAACACUUGUCUCACUGACGCGUGUUGUCAUGUGCGCAGAGUCUUACGGUCGUGAGUGUCACGGCGCAUGUCUUCACGGAGCAGCUGGCAUCUGCUAGGUGACGCUUCGACCUGUGGGGGGGCGCGGUUGCCGGUUCGAAGCGCGACGCUGGAGUCCUUGCCACCCGAGUCUUCCCCCCUCCCCCCCGGCCGCCCGCUGGCCGCCGGGAGAAGCGUGGAGGGCGGGGCGGCCAGGUCCCGCAGCUGCGUCUUUACGCCGAGGCCGUGCGGUCGGUGCCACGUGGACAUUCUUAGCACGUCACCGCGAAAGACGGACCCGUGUGGCCAGGACAUUGAGGGGCAAGCAGCGUCUCUGGGCUGCUGUGCACGUCUCCGCUGCAAACCUCUCGCGGACCCGGAUGCCGCUGUGUCUGCGAGGGACAGGCCCGUGUGCAGGUCAAUCGUUCUCCUGGGGUGGGAGGCGGGGCAGGAAACGGGCGCGCUCGGGGCGGAGGGGGUGGCCUCUUGUUUCGCUUCGUCAUUUCUCGCCUCUGCUGAGAUGUCUGCUUAGGCGCAAGCGCCCGUGGGCAUCGCUGCUCCCCUCACAGAGCGGCGCGGCCCCCACGGCUGCUCCGCAGAAAGCCGCCUGGGUGAGCGCUCGGCGCGGGAGCGGGACUUGGUGUGAGGGGCUCGCUUGCUGUGGAGAGCGGGGCCGUGGCUGCGGCGGCGUGGGCCUGUGCCCCCGGUGGGGACUCGUCCACGGAGACCCUCUGAGGCGGGUGUGUGAGGGGCGAGGGGAGAGGCCGGCGGCUUGCGGGCCCCCGGGCGUCUCCCCGCCGCUGCGGGCGCUGGGCGGCAGCAGGACGCGCGCCUCUGCCGGGUUCCUUCGGGGAGGUUCUGUGUUUAACAUGUGAAUGUUGUACAUAAGAAACCAAGGAUUUUUUUCCCCCCUAAAUGGACUCAACUUGUAUUGGUGGGAGUGAGUCUGUUCCCGGGCGGUCAGAGGGCGUGUCGGGCCGGUGGGGGCCCUGGUGCGCCCCAGCUCUGGCCGGCGCUCGGCGCCUGCGAGGGGGCACCUCACCCCUGAGCCUCUGGGGGACUUAUUUUUUAUAGUAUGUAUCCUUCGUAAUGUUUUUUCACACCUUAUUUUGUAAGAAGUUUAGGGAUAUUUUUGCAUGAAUCAUUGUAAAGAAGAGACUCCUUACUCCCGGUGUCUGUAACGCAGUGUGUUUACCGAUGAGGACUUUAACUUCCCUCGGGAGCACUGGCCCCGCGCGUGCGCGCGCGUGCCCUCACUCCUGGGCCCCCGCGCUGCGCCCGUCUCGGGGCGGGGGUCUGCUGUGCCCGCGGGCGGAGGCCUCCAGGGGCCGAGCGGACCAAGUCACGGAGACCUGUUUCCUCAGUUUGCAGCAAAGAGCAGAUGCGAUG